AUGGGCGACGUCAAGAUAUACGUCGGAAACAUUGCCUUUGAGUGUCACGAGGAUGACAUCCUCGCGGAAUUCUCGAGGAUUGGACCAGUCGGUGAUGUCAGUCUGGUUCGUGACGAAGAAGGUAGAAUUCGUGGAUUUGGUUUUGUCACCAUGCGAUCAAAGGAAGAUGGUCAAAAGGCGAUUGAUGCGCUGGAUGGUAUGCCGGUUCGAGGCCGAAAGAUUGCCGUUCGCGAAUCAAAUAACUAG